AUGGAAGAUCAUGUCAAGGAACAAUCACAGCAUUUUGAACCAGAUUUAUCUAUAGAAAAAGCUGAAUCUGUUUUAUAUAUUCAUAAAGCAAUUACUUAUAAAAAUUAUAAUCCAUUAUGGAAAUCAAUUUUAAGUGUGACUUCAUUAAAAGAAUUUGAUACAAAUGUAUAUUCAAUAUUUGAUCAACAAAAUAUACUUGUAUUAUUAUAUGAUGAAAUAAUUGAUUCAAUUUUACAUAUUAUUGAUCGACUUGAUUUAAGCGUUGAUAAAGAAAAAGCAGAGGAUGAAAAUGAUGAGAAUACUACAACAACUGAUCUGAUCUUCGACAUACGACCUCCAAUUACAGAUGAACAUCGAUUGGCAACUAUUUCGCAUCCAAAACUGAAAAGUUUCGAAAUUUGUUGUGAUGAACAAUUGAAAUCUAUGAACAUAUUAAAAUUAGAUUUUGAAAAAUAUCAAUUAAUUAAUUAUUUAUCUUGUAUGAAAUCAUAA